CCGGACACUAGCUAACACAACUCAGUAUGCCGCCAGCUGUCAGUCGCAGCAGAUCGUGUGUGGGAGUGAAAUGGCCACCAGCAAGUGGGAAUCCGAUGAGGAGAUACAGUACUUCCGCGAGUAUCUGCGCAUCCCCAGUGUUCAUCCCGAUCCGGACUACGCACCAUGCGUCGCAUUCCUAAGGCAGCAGGCCAAGCUGAUGGAUCUGCCAGUGAAGGUGUACUAUCCAGCAAACGAACAGAAUCCCGUGGUGGUUUUGACGUGGGAAGGCCUCGAGCCCGAGCUGCCCAGCAUUCUGCUGAACUCCCACAUGGACGUGGUUCCCGUGUUCCCCGAAAACUGGACGCAUCCACCGUUUGGAGCCGACAUCGAUGAGGAGGGUCGCAUUUUUGCCAGGGGAACACAGGACAUGAAGUCCGUGGGAAUGCAGCACCUGGCCGCCAUUAGAGCGCUGAAGAGAAGUGGAGCGAAGUUCAAGCGAACCAUCCACAUCUCGUUCGUGGCGGAUGAGGAAAUGGGCGGUCGCUUUGGAAUGCGACCUUUUGUGCCCACUGAUGACUUCCGGGCUCUCAAUGUGGGAUUUGCAAUGGACGAGGGAUUGGCUUCACCCGAUGAGCACUUUCCGCUGUUCUAUGCAGAACGCGCAGUUUGGCGUGUAAUCUUCAACAUCAGUGGAAACGCUGGUCACGGAUCGCUUUUGCUGCCCAAUACUGCCGGCGAAAAGCUGAACUAUAUAGUAGGGAAGAUGAUGGAGCUGCGCAGGACUCAGGUCCAGAGGCUGCGCAAUAACCCAGAGUUGGUCAUUGGCGAUGUAACCACCAUUAACCUGACCAAACUUGGCGGCGGCGUCCAGAGCAAUGUGGUGCCUCCUUCGCUGACGGCCUGCUUCGACUGCCGUUUGGCCCUAGAUGUGGACUUCCAGGAGUUUGAGUCCAAUCUCCACAAAUGGUGCGACGAUGUGGGUGGGGGCAUCGAGAUCACCUACGAACAGAAGCAGCCUAAGGUUCCGCCCACCGCCAUCGAUGAUACUAAUCCCUUCUGGCUGGCUUUCAAGCGAGCCACGGAUGAGCUGCACCUCUCCAUCAACCCACAGAUAUUCACGGGUGGCACCGACAGCAGAUACAUUCGUGCCGUUGGCAUCCCAGCCCUGGGCUUCUCCCCCAUGAACAACACGCCUGUGCUUCUCCACGAUCACGACGAGUUCAUCCAGGCGGACGUCUAUCUGCGCGGUGUGCGGAUAUUUCAGAGCAUUAUUAGCAGCGUGGCUGAGGCCUAUCGUGGCGGAGAUAAAACUAAUAAUAGAUUAAUAAAAACUUUGGGGACAAGAUGUCUCUUUAGAUUCAGUUAUAUCCGUGCUUUAGAUAGGCACACAAUGGCUGCUAAGAACUGGGAGACCGACAAGGAGAUCCAAUAUUUCCGCGACUACCUGCGCAUCCCAACUGUGCAUCCGAAUCCUGAUUAUGAACCCUGCGUAGAAUUCCUGAAGCGUCAGGCUGAGGACUUGGAUAUACCCAUUAAGGUGUACCAUCCUCUCGAUAAAGAAAAUCCCGUGGUCGUCCUGACCUGGGAGGGCACUGAAAAGGAAUGGCCCAGUAUCUUGCUGAACUCCCACAUGGAUGUAGUCCCCGUAUUUCCCGAGAGCUGGACCCAUCCACCAUUUGGGGCAGCAAUCGAUGAGGAGGGUCGCAUUUUUGCCAGGGGAUCGCAGGACAUGAAGUGUGUGGGAGUGCAGUAUUUGGCAGCCAUCAGAUCGUUAAAGGCCAGAGGAUUGAGAUUCAGGAGAACCAUUCACAUGUCGUUCGUUCCAGAUGAAGAGCUAGGUGGGCGCAAGGGAAUGAUGCCUUUCGUUCGUUCGGAGGAGUUUAAGACCCUGAAUAUUGGCUUUUCCCUGGACGAGGGAAUCGCAUCUCCGACUUCAGAGUUUCCCGUUUUCUAUGCCGAGCGAACGUCGAAAGGUGUUAUUUUCAAAGUCAGUGGGCCAGCCGGACAUGGCUUGCUUUUAAUGCCCAAUACAGCUGGCGAGAAGCUUAGUUAUAUAACUAACAAGAUGAUGGAGUUCCGAGCGAGUCAGGAAAGGCGCUUGAAGGAUAAUCCGGAGUUGCAGAUUGGCGACGUCACCACCAUUAACUUGACCAUCGUGAGUGGCGGAGUCCAAAGCAAUGUGGUGCCACCCUUGCUGACCGCCGUUUUUGAAGCGCGGUUGUCCUUGGAUCUCAAAGUCUCCGACUUUAAGGCUUAUUUGGCGAACUUGUGUGAAGAGGCUGGCGGCGGCAUCGAGUUUGAGUUCCAUUCAAACCGAAGGAAGGAACACAUUGCUCCCACUGCCACGGAUGAAUCGAAUCCCUUUUGGGUCGCCUUCAAAAGUGCCACGGAUGAGCUAGGUCUGAAGACCAAACUUCAGGUCUUUCCUGGUGGCACCGAUAGUCGCUACAUUCGCGAAGUAGGCAUUCCAGCAUUGGGAUUUUCUCCCAUCAAUAACACGCCCGUUCUUUUGCACGACCACGAUGAGUUUCUUCACGCAGAAACGUACUUGAGAGGUGUUGAGAUAUACGAGAAAGUUAUUGAAAAAUUGGCCAACGUUGACAAUUAAUUUCCUCUAAACUAA